CCUCAACAUAUCCUCGCGGCAUAAUAAAUCCGAGUGCAUUUUCGCUGAGAAAACUCGCGUAGCCAGACGCGCUGGCCGGCUGAUUUUUCUAACGGUUUGUUUGAGUGCCGCGAUCACAAUGAUUCUCUGGGUGAUAUGCCUGGUGCUUGUGCUUUGGUUCGCGAUCUUCAGGUACAGGCGAAGGAAUAUGUACCGGCUGGCGAAGCACAUUACUGGCUCUAAGGAUGAGUUGCCCGGGAUUGGGGUCGCGCAUCGGCUAGUCGGGAACACAGAGGAAAUCAUGUACUCACUACAGCAGCUCAGCUACGAGUCUAUACACAAUAAUGGGAUUAUAAAAGGAUGGCUAGGACAUAUUUUGUAUUUUGUGGUAGUGGAUCCUGUGGAUCUGGAAGUAGUUCUCAAAUCUUGCCUAGAGAAGGAUGACCUGCAUAGAUUUAUUAGAAAAAUCAUCGGCAACGGAGGAAUAUUUGCUCCAGUGUCAAUUUGGAGGCGUCGUCGGAAGAUUAUGGUUCCAGCAUUCAGUCCUAAGAUUCUCGAAAACUUUGUCAAUGUGUUUUCUGAACAGAGUCAGAUACUCACGAACAAACUGUCGAACUGUGCCAAUGGAAAGAUAUUCAGCAUCUGGCAUUAUCUCAGCACAUAUACCCUGGAUUCAGUAUGUGAAACGGCGAUGGGCGUGCACAUAGAGGCGCAAAGCAACAAAGACCUUCCAUUCCUGAAGUCCAUGAACCGGGUCCUGAACCUGGUGACGGAGAGGAUCUUCCACCUGUGGCUGCAGGCCGACUGGAUGUACCGGCUCUUCUGGUUCAAGCACUCCGAGCAUGAUAAAUGUGUGGGCGUCAUGCACAAGUUUACCGAUGAGGUUAUAAAACGUAAAAGAGCAUCUAUAAUUGCUGAAAAACAAAACAAAACAGAGACUGGCGUGGAGUUCGAUCUCGGCACGUAUCAAAUGAAGACGUUCCUUGACCUGCUCAUCACUUUCUCUGGCGGAGACAAGGGCUACAACGACGUGGAGCUUCGAGAGGAGGUCAUGACCUUGACCGUGGCUGGAACUGAUACUUCUGCAGUGGCCAUAGGGUACACCCUGAAGCUACUCGGGAAGUACCCUCAUAUUCAGGAGAAGGUUUAUCAAGAAUUACUGGAUGUUUUUGAAGGUUCCGACAGACCUUUAAUAAAAGAGGACCUCAUGAAGCUCACUUACUUGGAGCGCGUGGUCAAGGAAUCCCUGAGGUUAUUCCCCCCAGUACCGUUUAUCAUUAGAAAAGUCUUGGAAGACAUUAAAUUACCAUCAGGGCGCGUCCUGCCCGCCGGGUCGGGGGUGGUGGUCUCCAUCUGGGGCAUCCACCGAGACCCACACUACUGGGGCCCGGACGCCGAGCACUUUGACCCGGACCGGUUCCUGCCUGAGCGGUUGAAUCUGGCCCACUCUACGUCGUUUAUGCCCUUCAGCAGUGGGCCCAGGAAUUGUGUUGGAUACCAAUACGCGAUGAUGUCAAUAAAGACAGCCCUCUCCACUGUACUGCGGAAGUACAAGGUGGUCGGUGAUCCAGAGCCUGGUCCCAUACCGUCCAUGAGGGUCAAACUGGACGUCAUGAUGAAGGCAGCUGAUGGGUACCAACUGGCGCUUGAGAGGAGACCAAUUGCAUAGAAUACUGUUUUAGUUAAGUUAAAACUUAGAGAAUAACCCCUGAAUUCAUAUACUGUAUUUUAAGUUUACAAAACGUUUACAAAUGACACAAAUGACUUUGAAACACAGGAGUUUAGACUCUUUAUGUCAGUCAAAAAGGUCAAAAUUCGUAUAUCACAACAUAAUUUGUAAACUGACUAUUUUAAAGUGACGAAAAACUAUGAAUUUGGAGAUAAGUGUCUUGUGAUUUCUGAGGCAAUAAGUAAUGCAUUGUCCAUGGCUCGCCAACCAUUAACAGAAUAAUCCAAUAAACAUGUUUUAAACAUUGCCAACAAUAAAAGUACCUACUGACUUACUCUAAAUAGAUAUAUUUCUGUAACAUAGAUAUAUAUAUUGAUAUAUAAUAGAUAUAUAGAACAAUGCGGACCCGGGUGAUUGCAUAUACAUAAGUAUAUAUAAAAUACAUUUUAGUGUUUUAAAAAACGAAACUUUAUGGAACAUCAUAAUAAUGUAGUUUCAGGUCAUCGUGAAAAAGGAUUUCGGUAAUCUUUCAAUAUUAAACUAAAAAUAUACUAUUUAGUAAGUACUUAAACAAAA